AUGGUGAAACGACCGGCUCGCGGGGCUCACGGGCCUCUCGAAUCCAGGAAGCGCCAGAAAUUGACCCGCGAACCACCAACUUCCGAAGACGUGACCACCAGUCGUCAGUUGAAGAAGCUGCUCGAGUUUCAUCAAGAUGUCAGGGACGCCCGUCAUGGUCUGCAAUCGUUCAAGCUACUCCUUGACGCUUUGACCGCGAACAAGGACAAUGAAGCAGAACUGGCCCUAUUGUCUGGCUACCUUGAGGCCGUGAACCCGACGGUAGAAGGCCCUGAUGCCGUCUACUUGGCGGAGAUUAUGACCAUGUGGUCCUACGCCGCCCAGGUCGGCAACGAUGACUUGAUGUCCGAAGUAGCCGCCGUCUUGGCCCUAUUGCUUCAGGCGACUUCGCUUAGUCUCGGACUAUUACCCUGCGGGCGCGGCAUCUGCGAGACGCUCCUUCAGGAAAAGCAGUUGAAACUAAUUGCUAAGAACCUAUCUGCCGACAAGGAUAAAGGCUUUGUCAUCUCUCCCGCUCUGCGCCUGCUACGCGAGAUUGCGUCCUACGAUGGCGGCGUUUUCUCGAGAAGAGUGUUUCGCGCGCAGGCCUGGACCUUUGCUGAACUCACGAGGAAUCUCGACAUCCGCUUUCGCGGCGAGGGAGUUGAGGAUGCAAAGAAACCUUCGGUGCGGACGAAUGCCGCGAGGUUCUUGUUCGCUUGCCUCAAGUACCUCCCUUCGGACAACAAGAGCGAGCUACUCCUCCAGAAGGGAAUCAUGCCCGGUCUAUUGAUGAGGCUGCCCGAUGAUCCGCCUACGGUAGUCCACGAGGCCCUGGAGUGCGUGACCAAAGAUGUGCUCAAGGACGAAAAGAUACCUACGAACACAAAGUCGAGGGUCUUUUGGGUGAGGGUGAUGGAACGCCUUGCAGGGCUCUACUCUUAUGCCCAUGAUCCGGCCGACGCCGAAGUCACCGUGGCCGAUAAAGUGCAUGAGUUUCUCAUGUUUGCAUGCACCUCGCCCACGGCUGGCAUCGUCUCCAAGUGCAACGGCUUUUAUCCUAACUCUAUCAACCUCGACGACUUCUUGACGGGCGACUUUUUGUGGUCCGACAUGGGCUUGGAACAGCUCUCCUGGAUGGACCGGUACGCAACCGACAUUGAAGUACGAAACAGCGUGCUGCUAGAGGUUGCCCUGAAACUGCGCCCAUGGGCUAGCAUCCAGCAGGGAGAGCUUCUCGUUUCCAUAUUCAAAGUGGCGCCGGAAGUCGUGCACGUCUAUUUCCUCGAACAAAGAUCAUUCACCUUUGAUCCCAAGCUCUCCAUGACUUGGAUUGGCUACUCCUCUUUCCUCUUCCACACGAUGCAGCUCCCCGUCCCGGAAUAUUUCGGCCUCAAGGGUGAUUAUCACGCAGCCCCCCCGCCUACCACCGUCUUAUUAGCUAGCAUCCUCCCCUUGCCGCUCACGCAAAAUGCCCUCGUGCGCUGUUUCGAGCCAAAGUGGCCGCUGGUAUCUCUCUUCGGUGCCCGCCUGCUCAUCUUAGCACUUGAGAAGAUGGAAACGGUUCUUGCCAUGCAUAACGAGGCGGCCGCUGGACUCAGGAAUUCUCCCUGGCGAUACGCGGCCAAGAAACUGGUGAACGAUUUCUGCCAGCGCAUACCGGAUUUAAAGGAGAUUGUGCGGUGGUACAAGAGCAUACCGGACGAGAGUAUCCUGUGCAAGGCUACUGCGAGCCAGUUGUUGCUGCUAUAUUACAAGGUACUUCCGCAAGUCGCUCUGGCGGCAAACUUUGAUGUUUCUCCGUUCCUAGCCAAGGCCCUCGGGGCUCUCGACAAGCCCUUUGAGGAUCCUAGGGAUAAGUCCGUGGUGCUGAUGGAGUUGGAGAACCUGCUGGAAGCGGCGAGCCUGUCUCCUGGCAUGCGGUGGUUCUCGAAGCUUCAAGGAUUCCCGGCGUCGCCGUUUACUGUCCUUUUGAGGCUGGCGAGCGUGGGCGUGCAAGACGAGUCUUCCGAGACGCUGCGGAGCAUCCUCGAGUCUGUUGCGACGGAGCACCAAAUUGUGUUGACCGAUACGGGCCUACGACCGGUGUACCGAGCUGCUGAGACUCUUGCAAAAGAAGAUUCUGAGGUGUCAUUGGACGGGGUCUGGUCGCUUCUGGAUAACUGCGUCACCAAGUGUGCUGCCUCUCCGAUGAAGUAUCUCGACCUUGUGCCUGAGUAUGUGGGUGGCGGGGACCAGCCCGUCUCUGAAAUUGACACCAGUCUCUUGACGAUCGCGUUGGCUGAGCAGUUGCCGUUUGCGGUUAAGUCUGCAUCUGGUGCGGAGCUUGAGAUGAUUUCAAAGUUUCUAUCGGGGUAUCUUGGUUACUCUGUUGAGUUGGGAGAAAACGAGGUGUGGGUUAAGGCGUUGGUUGCGCGAAUGAAUUCUGCUUUGCCUGGAAAGACCAAGGUCGCCCUGCCCAAGAUCAUAAAGGAAGAAGGCGUAGAGAAGAAAUCCAAGACGAAAAAGUCGGAUAACACUAAGUCUGGAGCAUCAAAGGAUUCCACCUGGCAAGGAAGCUCUGCCGAUGCGUCGACAAUAAGCAAGGAGCAGCUCGAGGAAAUGCUCCACGAGCCGUUCGCCGGCACGGAGGAUAAUUCAGCACUCACCAAAUGGGUAAACAAAGGCAUCGACGACAUCAUCGAAGACGACUACGCCGUCUCCCUCAUCCGCCUCCUCGGCUCCGAACACGCUAGCAUCCGCAUCGAAGCCCUAACCAACAUCCUCAAGCUCGCAACCAAGAUCCGCGCCUCCACCCACUCCGAAAAAGACCAACUCUGGCUCCUCCUCUCCGAACUCGCCGAAUCCUCCCGCCCGCACGUCAACGCCGGGCCCGCCCCCUCGGCAUUCACAGCCUUCGCAACACACGCCCUCCCAGUCCUCAUCAACCCCUUACACCCGCUCUACCCCAAGGUGAACAAGUACCUCACGCGGGCGCCGACGUGGCCCGCGGGAAAGAUCCCCAUGGUGCACGACAUCCUGCACGGCGAGCCGUCGGACGACGAUAAGUACUACACGGAACUGACCUGGCUGUUCGGAUUCCUCUUAGAUUGUCUCCAGCGGCCCGAGGAUGUCGGGGUUUUCCAUCAGACGAGGUGGUUUGAGAAGGUUUUCGCCUCGGCGUGUAAUCCGUACAUGAAGGCCGGGCUGCGGGCGAGGGUUUUUAAGGUGUUGUAUAGGGUUACGUGUAUUGAGGGGGGGAGCAACACGUUGGUGACUAGGUUUGGGGUGUUGAGUUGGUUGGAGGCGUUGAGGGUUGCGGUGGAGGGGGAGAAGGAGGAGGGAGAGGAGGCAGCGGUGAUUACGAGGGUUAUGGAACGGGUGUGGGAGACUUGUGAUCGGGGGAGGGUGGAGAAAUGGAGUCGGGGUGGUGUUGGCGCGUUGAUGGAGAGGCGAGCUUUGGGGAGCGUUGCUUGA